AUGGAAACAGAGUUAUCUCUUGAAUAGUAGCAAGCACUAAAAUAUUUUACAUUUAUCGGUGAUCCUACAUCCUCAUUGAAAUGCCUUAUUCAUCAAAACCAAUGCAAGCAUUACUGUAAAGGAUGCCAUGCUCCAAUCUGUUCAAAAUGCAUCUUAAAUCAUCAGAAUAGCACUCCAAGCAGAAAGGAUAAAGAUCUGUCCUCAAAUCUUUCCCAUCACAGAAUAACAGAGAUUGAAUAAUAUGCGAAGGAAACUCUCGAAUAAUAUACACAAGUGUUCCUUGACAUUGAAGAUUACAGAUUUAACAAGAGAGAUGAACUGAUGAAAAAAGAAAGCAUGUUCAAGAGAGAGUUAAAAAGCAUAAUGCUCAAAAUGCACAAAUUCGUCACUCACAUGAUGAUGCAUGUCUAGGAAGAAAUUGUAGAAAGCAUUGAUAAAGAUUAUUCCAAAUGGGAUAAGUAGCGUUAAGAGUUCACAUAGCUUCUAGAUUCACAGAAUUUCAAUGAACUAUUCUUGAGAAGGAAGGAGAUGCAGAUUACUAAGCGAGACAUGAGAAGUUAUCUCAAGAACUUGCAAAACAAUAAUUCCUUCACAUCAUAUGAUUAGAUAAAGAGUGAUAUCUGUUUAAGAAUGAGGAACAUGAUGAGUAUGUUCUAAAAUGUAAUGGACUUUGCAAUGAGGGAUGAAUAUAAAAGUCAGUUUGAUAGCUUGGUUGCUGAAAAUAGAAUUAAUGAAUUGCUAGCAAAAGCAGCUUAAAGAAAGUAUCUACUAGGUUAGGAUAAACUAAAGGAAAAGCUGUCUAAGCUAAAAGACAAUCUUAACCUUGUUCUAAAGGAGAUAGAUUCUAUAGGCUUAUCGAAUGAUUACAAUAUUCUGCUAGAUGAGAACUAGAAUCCUGAUAUCAAAACAGCAUUUGAAAGAAUCGACAGAGUUAAGGGAGCAUAUGAUAGUUAUGUAUACUUUGGUCAGAUACAUUAGGGUUAAAUGCAUGGUCUUGGAACUAUGCUAUUUAAAAAUGGAUUUUGCUAUUAAGGCAUGUUUGUUAAGGGCAGUAGAGACGGGCUAGGAUUUACCUAUGAUCUUUCAGGAAAUAAGUACAAAGGUGAGCACAGAAAAGGGAUUAGAGAGGGAUAGGGGAUCUUUAAGACUAACGAUGACAAGCUUUAUGAAGGUGGUUGGAGUAAUAAUAAGAUGCAUGGUAGAGGGAGAGAAACUUUUACUAACGGGGAGUGUUUUAUAGUUUACUAUAAGAAUGGAUAUAAGCUUGAAGCACUAGCGAGUAAAAUGCAUAAUACCAUUAGUAAUAUAAGCUAAAAUGAUACCAUGAAAAUUCGAAAUGAAAGUUCUAAUUUUGGAAAACUUAAGUAGUCUUAUCUUAAUAAAACCCAAAGAGACAGAGAUGCUAGCUCAAAUAGAAUUUUGUCUACUCAAAAAUCUGUUAGAGCCACAGAAUUAUUAAAAACUAAUCUGGAAUUAGAUACAAAGUCUUAAAAAACUAAUAAGAAGGAAAAAGUUAAAAAGCCCAAGAAAAAAGAUGAUGGGGAUUGUAAGAUUUUUUGA